AUGAAUCAACCCACGAUCCCGUAUCUACUCACUUUCGUUCUCUCGGUCGCAUUCAUCUAUUAUCGGGUCACUAAAAGAAUUCCGAGCCGGCUCAUUGCCGAUCAAGCUCCAAGGUCGAGAUUCGAGCUUGUCCCAGUCAAGAGCUACAACGUGCCCGCGCGUGGUCGUGGGGUUGACAUCAUAUUUGUCCAUGGUCUCGGGUCCAACCCUGACACGACGUGGCGAGCGAGAAGAUCCACGAACACUUCACACCCAAUCGAGGAAACCCGACCGAACGGUGAACAAUACGUGAACUGGGUCAGCGACUUUCUUCCAAGUGACCUCCCUCCAGAGGUCCGUAAAGAUGCUCGCAUAUUUUUCUAUAAUUAUGACUCAUAUUGGAAGAGGGAUGCGGUCUAUACGCGGCUCCAGAGCGUCGGCACCCAUCUCCUCGAACAUAUCGACGGGCAGAUCCGUCAGCUGAAGCAUGAGCAGGGUCGAUACCUGAUCUUCGUGGGACAUAGCUAUGGAGGUCUAGUUGUCAAAGAGGCGCUUAUUCGAGCCAAACGGAUACGCGAGUUCAAUCAAAUUGUGGAGCAAACAAGGGCGAUAUUAUUUCUAGGUACACCGCAUCGCGGGACUAGCUUUGGCCCUUGGGGUCGGCUUGCAGCAUUCGCCUUGCAACCGCUAGGAUCUAAUCCAUUAAUCCUGGCUAAUCUGGAAUACGACUCUCUCGUGUUGAGUGAUUUACACGAACAUUUCAUAACUAGUAUACGAGAUGAUUUGCAAGUGGUCAACUUUUAUGAGCAGAGGCCGCUUUGUAUUUUCCAACUAUGGUUCUUUCGAUGGCAAAUAUUUUGUGUUCCUGAGGGCUCGGCCACCUAUCCUGGGGUCGGCAAAAUUGGUCUCGCCGUUGACCACUACGGAUUGAACAAGUUCGAGUCAAGAAAUGAAUGCUACAAUAGCAUCUUAUCGAAGCUCUCCAGAAUAUUGACGCCUCUAGUUGAACCGACGAAGCACCUCUAUUCUGUCCCGCUCGAGACAGUACAGACCUUUACUCAGCGUGAUCAACUUUGGAAGGAGCUGGAAGAAAAGCUUCAAAUACGGCACGAAAGCGCCAGCGUUCCAUUUGCAGUCACUCUGCACGGAUUAGGGGGGCAGUUAGCCCUGAAGUUUACAGAAAGUAAUGUUAAUCGGUUCAACCCGAUACUUUGGAUUGAUGCAACACGUGAAGAGACUGUCCGAUCCAGUUUCAUAAGAUGCGCUGCGGAAAUCGGGCUUCCGGAAGAACAAGAAAAGCAACAGAGCACGGCUCUUGUGGACGACCGCGUCAUCCAAGGUGUACUUCGAUGGCUUCGAGACCGGACCGAAGUGGAUGACGAAUGGCUAGUUAUCGUCGACAAUGCCGACGACUUCACUUGGGGCCUCAGAAAGCUUAUGCCAAAGGGAACCCGGGGGAAGAUUGUUAUCACCAGCCGCGAUGACCAAAGCCAAAAGCUGAUCGAUAGGGGCUGUGAAAAAAUUCGCAUUGAUAUUAUGUCGCCUCGGGAAGCGAGACUUGUUCUUCUACGCCACUUGUCAGAUGAUAUUGACUUGCUGCCAAAGUCCGUGCAAAAUGACUGCGAUGAAGUGGCGAAUAAGCUUGGAUAUUUGCCACUAGCACUAGAUCUUGCCGGUGCGUACAUUGGUAAUAGUAUUGCCCCUGAACAAUCCGUUAGGCAGUAUUUGGAAGACUAUGUGAAGCAUCGUGAUGAGCUCUUGCAGAUGAAUCAUCUUCGAGGGCUUUCCCCUACGGAAAGAACCGUUUGGACUGUAUGGGAUACCACCCUGGAGAAAAUUGAAACGGAGUAUACGCAGCUGCAGCCUGGUCUACUGUUGACAUUCUUAGCACAUUUCCAAGGUACCAUUGUCCAGGAUGAAAUGUUUCGUUUGGCAAGUCUUGGUAUGUCUGCUGUCGUCGACGAGUUCGGCGAAGGGGUUUCCACUGAGAUCCGGAUGUUUCUUCCGGAAACCGAAGGGAAAUGGGACAACUUCACGUAUCGACAUAGCAUAGAUGUCCUCGCUCGCUACAGCCUGAUACAGCGAGUGCACGGAGAGUGGCCUGGUACCAUAAUGCACAGCCUAGUCCAGUGGCGGGCAAUUCAUCGCGAUCAAAAUCAACAAUGGGAGUGGUGGUACACCAAAUUUGUGCUUGCUGCAUGCUCUCAGAUUAAAGAAGAAGAUCACCAGCCACAGUUUCGUCGUCAUCUUAUUUUGCAUGUUCCGGAUGUGAGGAAUAUUGAUCUGAGUUGCAUAAAAAAUAUAGAGAUGGGUGAGGUUUUCAUCUGGAACACACUGGCAAGGGUGCACUAUGAUGAAGGCCGGUGGGAAGCAGCCGAGCAGCUUGAGGUGCAGGUGAUGGAGACGAGCAAGACGAAGCUCGGCGAGGACCAUCCUGACACGCUGACUAGUAUGGCCAACCUAGCGUCGACGUAUAGGAAUCAGGGCCGGUGGGAAGCGGCCGAGCAGCUCUUUGUGCAGGUGAUAGAGACGAGUAAGACGAAGCUCGGCGAGGACCAUCCUGAUACGCUGACUAGUAUAGCCAACCUAGCGUCGACGUACAGGAAUCAGGGCCGGUGGGAAGCGGCCGAGCAGCUCGAGGUGCAGGUGAUAGAGACUCGUAAGACGAAGCUCGGCGAGGACUAUCCCUCUACGCUGACUAGUAUGGCCAACCUAGCGUCGACGUAUAGGAAUCAGGGCCGGUGGGAAGAGGCCGAGCAGCUCGAGGUGCAGGUGAUGGAGACUCGUAAGACGAAGCUCGGUGAGGACCAUCCCGAUACACUGGCCAGUAUAGCCAACCUAGCGUCGACGUAUAGGAACCAGGGCCGGUGGGAAGCGGCCGAGCAGCUCGAGGUGCAGGUGAUGGAGACUCGUAAGACGAAGCUCGGCGAGGACCAUCCCUCUACGCUGACCAGUAUAGCCAACCUAGCGUCGACGUAUAGGAAUCAGGGCCGGUGGGAAGCGGCCGAGCAGCUCGAGGUGCAGGUGAUGGAGACUCGCAAGACGAAGCUCGGUGAGGACCAUCCCGACACGCUGGCCAGUAUAGCCAACCUAGCGUCGACGUUUUGGAAUCAGGGCCGGUGGGAAGAGGCCGAGCAGCUCGAGGUGCAGGUGAUAGAGACUCGUAAGACGAAGCUCGGCGAGGACCAUCCCUCCACGCUGACUAGUAUGGCCAACCUAGCGUCGACGUAUAGGAACCAGGGCCGGUGGGAAGCGGCCGAGCAGCUCUUUGUGCAGGUGAUAGAGACGAGCAAGACAAAGCUCGGCGAGGACCAUCCUGAUACGCUGACUAGUAUGGCCAACCUAGCGUCGACGUAUAGGAACCAGGGCCGGUGGAAAGCGGCCGAGCAGCUCUUUAUACAGGUGAUAGAGACGAGUAAGACAAAGCUCGGCGAGGACCAUCCUAACACGCUGGCUAGUACAGCUAACUUAGCGUCAACGUUUUGGAAUCAGGGCCGGUGGGAAGCGGCCGAGCAGCUCUUUAUACAGGUGAUAGAGACGAGUAAGAUGAAGCUCGGCGAGGACCAUCCUGACACACUGACUAGUAUAGCCAACCUAGCGUCGACGUACAGGAAUCAGGGCCGGUGGGAAGCGGCCGAGCAGCUCGAGGUGCAGGUGAUAGAGACUCGCAAGACGAAGCUCGGCGAGGACCAUCCCGACACGCUGACCAGUAUGGCCAACCUAGCGUCGACGUUCUGGAAUCAGGGCCGGUGGGAAGAGGCCGAGCAGCUCGAGGUACAGGUGAUAGAGAUAAGCAAGACGAAGCUCGGCGAGGACCAUCCUGACACGCUGACCAGUAUGGCUAAUCUCGCUUUCACCUGGAAAUCUGCAGGCCACGAUGCCGAAGCUAUAUCUCUGCUACGAGAGUGCUUGACCAAGCAGAAGCAAACACUCGGCCUAAACCAUCCCACUACUUUAUCUAAUUCUGAAACAUUGUUAGCAUGGGAAACAGAAGUGGCAGGGGACACCGAAGGGGAAUGGCAAACGGAUGAGGAGUGGGAAAGUGAUAGGGAAUACUGA